UUCCGCUGCAGCAGCGACAACGGGCACGUCAAAAAAGAGAGGAAAAUGUGGACCGUAAGGACAAACUGAGGCCGGAGAAGGACCGUCGAACAACGUAAAAGGUACAGGCCGAGCUCGGUUGCCAGGUAGUUGUGUUUAUUCAAAGUCACCCGACGAGUAUAUCACAGUUUAAGGGUCGUUUCGAGGUUAACUCGUCCCCCCCCCCUCCUAGUUGUUCUGUGGUGGUUCGCUUUGAGGAAGCUGCUCCGGCUAGCCAGGCUAACUUCGCUAGAGAUGGGGACGAGAGCAAGUCGCCUACAGGAGGACCCGGUUCCCUCUGCUUUCGGGAAAGACGGCGCAAAGCGGGAGUCCUACCGGCGACCCCGCUGCGCCAGGCCCACAAGUCUCAUGGUGGACUUCUCGGUGAGCUUCGAGGACACGGAGGCCAACCAGAGUCGAUCGGAGGAAGGCAGCGACUCGGACCUCGGGCGGCAUGGGGCGAGCGCCGACGGCAGCCCCGCCGACCACCACCACCACGGCGAAGCGUCACCUGCGGACGACGACGACGACGACAACAGCGAGGGGAAACCCGAGGACGAGGGGAGUGUAAGCCCGGAGCCCCCCGUCGCAGCGGAACACCAGCCCGGAGAGGAAACAGGCCGCACACCCCACCGCACUUUUUCCGAGCGGCUGCCCGGGAAUCGGCACUCUUCCUCCCGCAGCGUCGGCGCACGAUCCGCCCGGGUCCGAGGCACCCACCAGCGGCCGGUGUCAGAGGCUUGGAUCGGCCUUUACCGUGUCAACAACCGCCAUGGCAAUAUCCGCUGUCCUUUCUGCUCAAAGCCUUUCCCGGGGGGUCGCAUCGAGGAUCACCUGUUGAGCUGCCUCACGUCCCCUCCCCUACCUUACAACACGGACGUGCUCAGUAAAGACAGCGGAGAGUGCUCAAUCUGUUUGGAGGAUCUGUUACAGGGGGAGACCAUCGCCAGGCUGGCUUGCCUCUGCGUCUACCAUAAGAGCUGCAUUGAUUCCUGGUCCAAGGUGAAGCCCUGCUGCCCCGAACAUCCCUUUGAUUGACUCGCAGGUCACAUGUAUUCUGCACAGUGACCAACCUGACUCAGGAGACUACACUGAAUCCCAAUAAAAAUCCCAAUAAAAUAGUGUAAUUGAACAAAUAAAACCCCGCGGUCCCUCUCAGACACAAACCUUUCAUUUGAGUGGAGAAGGGACGACCCAAAGAGGAGGCUCCAGUCAGCGACACCCGAGGCUCUCUCUCCGUUUGGAUCAGUUCAAGAAGAACCCGGUCUCUGACAUUUCAAGCCAAACUCCAGCUCCUCUGUCAAACCUCUGGCUCAGACCCUCGUCGGAAACAAACGUGGAGGAGGUUCCCUUUUCUUUGUUACAGACUUGGCUCGAGUCCCUGGAAUAUUCAAAACAAAGAAAUAUGUCAGAUAGACAUUAUCAUCCCAGAACGAUGGAGCGCUGCCCAGGAAGAUCUUGAACUUGGGGAAGAACACACAUUUAAAAAAAAAAAAAAAAAAAAAAAAGUAGUUUGAGCUGUGACUCUGGAUCCUCUCCUGUGUAUUUUUUUUUUCCUCUCUCUGAACCGGAUUGGUCAUCAAUCAAGUAUUUUACGGAGAGUGUAUUGUUCCACGUCAUACAUUGGAUGAAUGUUUUCUUUGCUCGGCUUACCCCAAAUGAACUAACCUUACACUGAAAGCGUGAACUCUUGCCAUGCAAACAUUGCUUUAUUUGACCUAGCUGGAGGUUGAGGGCUUCUUUUUUUUUUUUUUAAAGUGAACAGGAGCUGCUGUUUGGUGUUUAAUUUUUUUUCUUGUUACCAGUAAACAUUUCAGGGGAAGUUUAGGGGCUAAUAGUUGUUUUUUUUCUGAGUAGGUCAGUUUUCUUGUAGGUGGUUGUUAGCUCUGAGUUUAAUGUGCUGCUACUUGCUGAGUGUUCAGGAGGGUGGUAGGUGUUUCAUAGGGCCAUAGUAGCACUGGUGUUGGCAUCGAUACGAGCACUUUUGUUCCUCAAGGCUGAUUCUUUUUUUUUCCACAUCAAGUCUGGGAUAAGGUGUGUGUGUGUGUGUGUGUGUGUGUGUGUGUGUGUGAGAAUGUGUGUUCUGAUGAUGACCAGGGACAGGAAAUGUCCUCGUGAGCAUGACUGUGUAUUAAAAAAAAAAGUGUGUGGCUUUGUGUGUGUGUGUGGCUUUGUUUGUGUGUGUGUUUACUGUAAAUUGCCCAGAAGUCUGCUUGGUCAAGCGGGUUUUUUUUUUUUUUUUUUCUAAACGCUUGUUUGUAUUUGCGGACAUUCUGUUACAUGUGGCUUUGGUACGCAACAUGGAGGCAAGUGUUGGUCUCAUGUGCGCUCUGGAUGCAGUUUGGGUUUUUUUUUUUUUGUCCCACUGACCCCCACCUCCCAACUCAGUCUCUGGGGUGUAGUCUGGAUUUUUUGGGGCCAGAUCCCUAGCGACAGUUUGGCCAUCUGGUUACGUUAAUGCCAGACCGAGGGUGGGGGGGGGGGGUAAAUGGAAGGAUGGAGUGAGGGAUGUAUUUUUGGGGACAUGUUUACACCAUGUGGUAUCCGCCUCUCUUUCCAACACUCGGGGCUAUGAACAGCUGAUGGUUAAAUAUUACACAACCAGCCCCCUCCCCCUUCUGAUUCUUUUGGAAUAUUUUAGACAUUAUAUCAUCACAUUACCUUCAGGAUUAUUGCUCAAUGUGUUAAAUGGCUUUCCUUUGCAGUUUUUUUUUUUUUUGUUUGCUUUGCUUGCCUUUGCCUGGUGAGGGGGAUUUAGUGCGAGCAGGUGUUUGAGGUGUUUUCCUUUCUAGGGCUGAACUGAGUUCAAAGCCCAACAAAUAAGGCUGCUCAACAGAUGCUGUCCGAUACAGGUUGCACACAGGCGGAGAGGAGGGAAAGUGGGAAAGAACAAAAAAAAAAACAUGAAUUGAUUGCUUUUUGCUGCCUGCUCAAAAAGGCGAGUCUGUUCCACGGGUUUAAAUGUCAAUAGAUCGGUUAAGAGGGCAGCCCAGUGCACAGGUUUCCUACUGGCUAGUUCAUUCACCCCAGCCUCUUCUUUUUGUGUUAUCUUAUAGCAGUCUGAGGUGCUAUGACUUGUCCGGCCACUAGAGGGCAGCCCUGUGCAUGUUUUUUUUUUUUUUUUUUUUAUUGGAGAAUAUAGAAAAGUAAUGCCAAAAGUUUGUCUGUGCAUCGGGGGAUUUGUGUGUGAGAGUGCAGAAGAGGAUGUGUAUUAAUCAUUAGAUGUUACAUUUGUUGUGGUGAUAAGUUAUGUGUUGUAUACUUUGGCUGGGAGGGGCAGGGGGGUGUGUGUGUGCGUGCGUGUGUGUAGUGGUUGGGUUGUCGAUAAAGAAACGAGACAAUCUAAAAACGCCACAUUACUCUCAUUUCUUUCUUACCCCCUCUUAAGUUGUGUGGUGCAAUACCUCAAUUUUUUACCAAUGCCAACCAAACGCUCUGUGUGUAACCUUGCUCCUGUCCAUCAUGGAUAGUAUUUUGUAUAAAUUUCCCCUGAAUCAACGACCUUUAAACAGCAGGGUGCUGACCCCCUGUUCGCCCUGCGUUUGAAUUAGUGUUAUCAAAGAGUCACCACAGCGGUAUCUGCAUCUCCAAGAUAUGGACAAUCUGCCUUUACUCUGGUAUAAAAACAAAUUGAAUUUUAUUUAUUAAACUGUAAAUAUGUAAUGCAAUUCAAGAUAACGGCUUGGUCUUUGUCUGUUCAAUAUACUGUUUCUAAGCUCCGAUCUUUUGUAUGUCUCAGAAAUUGUUUUUAUAUGUAUUUUUUACAAUAAAUAUGUGUGAGCGA